AUGUCAGAACCUAAUCAGGGCACACCAAUGGCUAUUCAGCAUGUCCCGGGACAAACUCCCAUGCCGCAAUCGCAGACUGGACAGCAACAGAUGUCUCCUCCGAUGCUCGAUCCGUUCUGGCAGCGCAAUUUGCCAGAACAAUAUAUUCAAGUUAGUGGGACGCGGUACCCAUCCAUAGACGCUAGUGUUCAGCCCAAUGUGAAUGGAUCAAAGAACAAUAAUGGCAACACUGCUGCAAGUACGCCUGCUUCUUAUGGUGCACAGCAAAUACAAGGGAUGGCUCACACUAAUGGACAUUUGGAUGCUGCUAUUCCCAUGAGCAAUAUGAUUCCUGUCCAAAUGGGAGGUUAUCAGGUAAUGGAUAGGUCUAUGAUGGAGCCCAUGAGUGGUUCUUCUGUUGCAUACGCCAAUACAAGUGCCAAUGCAAACGGUACUCCACUUCCACCACAACCAGUGUCUGCCAAUUACAUGAACAACAUUUCCCAGAUGCCCGGCCAGCUUCAUAAGGAAAAGAGACGUGCUGCAAAAGCCUGUGAAUAUUGUAGGAAACGGAAGACUAAAUGUGACGAGGUCAGCCCCUACACCAACAAAUGUAGCAAUUGUUCCAAGGCGGGUGUUGAUUGUAUCUUUAUCACCGAACCCACAAAGAAGAAACGGAAAAGCUCUAGUGAAGGAACUAAGGUGAACAAGAGCCCUAAGCCUGCUGCUAAAACUAAUAGCACUAAGCAUAAAGUUAAAAAACAGAGCGAUGGUGAUAAUGAACCUGUGCACCAGAAUACGGUAGAGAACAUAGCAAAGAGAAUGGAGAUACUGGAUAGAAAAAUGUCUACAGUUAUAGAUAACAUUGCUCGUUUUGAGUGGCUAUUAGAUAAGAUGGUCCAAAAACAAAACGAGAAAGUAGACGAUACGACAAACCAGGCCAAGCCAAGACGGAGAAUAUAUACCACAUCGUUGUUAACUCACCAAAAACUACUUUGGAUGAAACGAAAAAUUUGCAAAAAUAUGACAGAUGAACAAUUUGCCGAGCCAUUAAAUAGUAUAUUGUCGAAUGGCCUCAAAUGGUAUGUUGCCCAGAUCAAGCAAUACACCGACUUCUCCUCACCUUGUGUUUACGGUGUAGAAUUCAAGGUUUAUGACUUACCCUCUGAACUACAUACGCGAAGGAUUAUGGAAAACUUUAACGCUUAUCUGACAUCUGUCACUGGUGUCUUUGAUUCUAGUGAGUGCUAUAAAGUAACCAAUAAGUACUAUGAAAAUAAAGGUGAAAAUAUGACCUUUACAGAACAUUUGUUGCUAAAUGUAUCUAUUUGCUCGGGAGCACUUGCAACUAGAAUGCUUACCUCAGCGGAUUCUCAAUUUUUGCGUAAAGACAGACAUAAUCCUUCAAUUGCGGAAUUGAAAGAAAUAGAGAACAACUGCUUCCUGAACUGUAUGUUUUACUACCAUAAGAUAUCCACAGUUUGCUCAGGGCCGAAGACAUUAUUGCCACUACUGCUUUUGACCAAAUACUUGCAGGCAAACUACAAUACUGAGCUAGCAAAUACAAUUCUAUCAACUGCUGUUCGCUUCACGAUUGAUAUGUCAAUGAAUAAGAAAAUAACUUAUAAAAAUUUAUCUUUGGCAGAGCAAAUACGAAAAAGAAGUAUGUGGUGGCAUUUUUUUGCUACUGAUAAACUCUUUUCGUUCACUCUAUCAAGACCGCCAAUGCUUUUGGAAGAAGACAUGGAUAUGUUAACGGACCAAAAUUACCUAGAAGUCAUUAAAACUAAUAUUCUACCAAAAAUUUUCAAAACGAAAGAAGAAUGUGAACAGGUUUCAGAUAUUCAUGAAGCACUUUCCAUUAUUAUUAAUUAUUGCGAAUAUAUUCCUUUUUUCACAUCAUACUAUGUCACAAAACUAUUAAGAAUAGAGUCAAGCUUAUAUUCAACCUGCUUCUCAGUACGGAAUACCUUGGACAAUACUUUCGAUGGACUAUUGAGUAAAGCUCUCGAGAUUUUUGAAUCUCUGAAGACAUGGAAAGAUAACUUACAUCCAAGCAUGCGGUUAGAGAGUUAUAGACAAUACAUCUCAUUAUUAUAUUCUCAAAGUUCUGAUGAAAACCCAGCCCUGGCUUUUGAGUUGGCAUGCACACACGUACUGGCCUGCCACUUGAGAUAUCUAUAUCUGGUAGUCAUUUUAAGCAUGUUUAUUGUCUCAUUACUGCGCGACAAUCAGGAAUUAUUCCCAGUUUCCCACCAUGAAAUUCCUAAAAUCUAUAAAAAGUUUUCGGAACAGUAUAUUCUUUCAAGUGUCAAGCUCGUAGAAAUAUUCCAGGGUGUCAAUUUUGUUAUUCAUACAUACAACGACCUAAUAUAUCCAUUUUUAACGGGUAUUUAUGUUGUUUUAAUGCACGUUGUCGAUGAACUCGACAAACCCAAGAAUUUAGAAGUUCCGUCAUUAAUCGAGUUGCUAAUAAAGGGGCAUAGCAGCAUUAUGGGUGAGAAUUUCAAGAAUUUGGGCUGUUACAACAUGAAAUGGAAUGUAUCCCUAUACAUAUACACUUACUUGUUGAAGUAUAUCAUAAAAUAUUUUAAUGAAAAUCACCCUCUAGCAGUUGAACAUAAGUUUAGUUACGAACAUUAUGAUGAAAUCCUGGAGAAACUCGAAGCUAAUACAAUCAGUGUGAAAAAAACCACUGUUGAAAGAUUGAAGAAGAAUCUGAAACGAAAUGGUGUUUUCCAGGAAGUUGAUGAAGCAGAAAAGACUGAAGAAGAAAAUAAUGAAAAAGAUCACAUUAUAGAGCUUUUCAACGAUUUAAAUUCUCAUACUGUCAAAAUUCUUGAAUCAGACUCUUUACUGAAAAACAGUAAAGAACGUAUCUCCUCAGUCGCAACAUCUCAGGACGCUUCUAUAUUCCCAGCAGAUAGUGCUGGAUUCCAAAUUAUCUAUCCAAUUUACAAAGACUCGAAUAAGAAUUUGAAUGAAUCUGUGCAUGAUGACAAUGAUAAGAAAGAUAAUAACGAAAAGAACAUUAGUUCUUCCAUCACGGAUGCAGAUGUAGAAAAUUUCAGAAAUCUUCUCCCAUUGGAGGAUUUUCUAUAUGAUAGGGAUUUCAAAUUUAUCAAGCCAUUUCAAAGUUACUUAUCGAGGCACUCAGUCAGUAACAAGGAUCAAAGCCUAUAA